UGUCAUUACAAGAAAAAUCAACAAUUCGAUUCAGUUGUUGAGUUUGUUGUGAUUUCUUAAUAAAUCAUUUCAAUAUGAACGAGAUAGAUGACAAAUUUUAUUAUGUUUAUAGUUCAUCCUUAGAUCAUAAAGUGGAGAUAAAAAUUGGUACUCUAGAAGGGAAGCGUGCCAAGCCGGAGUAUGACAAGUUACUCUCAGACCCGAUGCUCAAGUUCUCGGGCCUGUACCAAGAUGGCUGCUCUGACUUGUACGUGACGUGCCAGAUAUUGAGCGACGGACAGCCUCUGGCACUGCCAGUCACUACGUCAUAUAAGGCCUUUACUAAUAGAUGGAAUUGGAACGAAUGGGUGACUUUACCGGUGUACUUCAGCGACUUGCCCCGCAACGCUACCCUCGCGAUGACGAUAUACGACUGCGCGGGUCCUGGGAAAGUGAUGGUGGUCGGCGGCACCACUAUCUCGCUCUUCGGAAAACAUGGCAUGUUGAGACAGGGUAUGUUCGACCUUCGAGUGUGGCCCGGGGUGGAGGGCAGCGAGAAGACGCCGGGGAAAGCUCCCGACAGGGGCAAGGAACAGAUGCAGAGGCUGGCCAAGCUAGCAAAGAAACAUCGGAAUGGACACAUACCUAAGGUUGACUGGCUCGAUCGUCUAACGUUCAGAGAAAUAGAGAUGAUCAAUGAAAAAGAGAAAAGAAGUUCGGACUAUAUGUAUCUAAUGGUGGAGUUCCCAACGGUGCAAAUUGAUGGGAUCAACCAUGCAGUUGUUUACUACGAACAAGAUGGCGACGAGAUGUACCAAUUCAGAGCGCAAGCGGAGAUAGUCACUGUACCAGAUUAUGAGAUCUUACAGGAGAACCUAGUGGAGAGCAAGCAGCACCGCCUGGCGCGGUCGCUGCGCUCGGGCGUGUCGGGGCGCGACGCCAAGCCCACGGCGGCCGAGCGGGACCAGCUGGCCGCGCUCGUGGCCGCGCCGCCCGCCAGGCCGCUCGCCGCCACCGACCAGGACCUGCUCUGGAAGUUCAGAUUCUAUUUGUCUUCACAUCGAAGAGCACUCACAAAGUUUUUAGAAUGCGUCAACUGGAAUCGUCCUGGCGAGGUGCGUCAAGCUCUCUCCAUGAUGAAGCAAUGGGCGCCGAUGGACGUCGAAGAUGCGCUUGAGUUGUUAACGCCGAAGUUUACACAUCCCGCUGUCAGAAAGUACGCGAUAUCCCGUCUAAAGCAGGCGCCAGAUGACGAUCUAUUGCUGUAUCUACUACAGCUGGUCCAAGCUCUGAAGUACGAGGACUUUAUGGAGAUACAUGAUGAAUAUGCCCGCGUGUGUGGUAAGGACCCGCUGAGUGCGGAGCUGGAGAACAGAGACAGUCGCCUCAUGCAGAGCGGGCACAGGGGCAGCCAGGCCAGUCUGCUGGCCGCGUCAGUUCUGACUACAAGUGAGAUGUCGUCGUCGACCACAAGCCGCCGCUCGGACGCGGAGGACGCGCCGCCUGAGGACAACACCAACAGCCUCAACAACAACUAUACUGACAAUAAUAAUACUUACAGCAGCCCGUCAGGCGAGGGCGAGCGCCUGUCGCUGGCGUCGUUCCUGAUCUCGCGCGCGUGCAGCAACAGCGUGGUGGCCAACUACCUGUACUGGUACCUGCUCAUCGAGUGCGAGGACCACGACACCAGCCGCGGCGGGGCCGCCAGGCACAUGUACCUGGCCGUCAUGAGGACCUUCAGCCAGAGGCUCGCCAAAGGUAACGCCGACCACCAGCGCACGCGCUCCUUCCUGGCCCGCCAACAAGUCUUCAUCGACAAACUCGUCAAAUUAGUCAAAACGGUCACCAGGGAGAGCGGCAACCGGAACAAGAAGGCAGAGCGACUACAGCAACUACUGGCAGACCCUGACGCCUUCAAAUUCAACUUCACAAACUUCGAACCCAUGCCUUUCCCACUAGACCCUAAUGUCACCAUCAAAGGAAUAGUCGCGAAGAAAGCUAGUCUCUUCAAAUCAGCGCUAAUGCCGUCAAAACUAACCUUCUUAACCUCAGAAGGCAUGGAGUACGAAGCCAUAUUCAAGCAUGGUGAUGACUUACGACAAGACCAACUCAUACUACAGAUGAUUACUUUAAUGGAUAAGUUGUUGAGAAGGGAGAAUCUUGACUUGAAGUUGACGCCUUACAAGGUCUUAGCCACAAGUUCUAAGCACGGUUUCCUUCAGUUUAUCGAGUCUGUGACUGUGGCUGAAGCGUUGGCGACGGAGGGCAGUAUACAGAACUUCUUUAGGAAGCACAACCCCUGUGAGGGCGCCCCCUAUGGGAUUAAACCCGAAACUAUGGAUACUUAUAUCAGAAGCUGUGCCGGGUAUUGUGUUAUUACUUAUUUGUUAGGUGUAGGAGACCGUCACUUAGACAACCUGCUCCUAACCAAAGCCGGCGCCCUGUUCCACAUCGACUUCGGCUACAUCCUGGGCCGCGACCCGAAGCCGCUGCCGCCUCCCAUGAAGCUCAGCAAGGAGAUGGUGGAGGCCAUGGGCGGGAUACACUCCGAGCUCUAUCACGAGUUCAGGAAGCAGUGCUACACCGCCUUCCUGCAUCUGAGGAGACACGCGAACCUGAUGCUGAACCUGUUCUCGCUGAUGGUGGACGCGUCCGUGCCCGACAUCGCGCUCGAGCCCGACAAGGCCGUCAAGAAAGUGCAGGACAAACUCAGAUUGGAUCUCGGCGACGAGGAAGCUGUGCACUACUUACAGAAUCUCCUGGAUAUGUCGGUGACAGCUGUCAUGGCCGUCCUAGUAGAACAGUUCCAUAAAUUUGCGCAGUACUGGAGGAAAUAGGACCAUUUGUUGUAAUUAGUAUAUAACACCUGGGGCCGCUCUUUACUUUUAAGCACGGCCAAUGUAACUUGGCCUUUGAAAAACAGGUAAAAGUUCGUUAGACCGAGAUCAAUUCAUACAAGUUAGUUGUGUGAAACAGAGACAACGAUGUUCUGUAGCUGGUUUCCGACGUGCCAAGUUACUUCGGCAACACUGUAAAGUUGUGUAAGAGGAAAGCGCUUCGACACUUUGAAUAAUGAGAGCCGAUUAUGACAUAGGCUUACUCAUGUUUAAGUAUAUUAAGUGGGUCAAAUCUACCUGAAUUAAUCUGUAUAUAUUAUGAAUGCAAAUUACUUUACUAUAUUUGAUAUAAUUGUUAAAAAAGAAUGUUUAGACUUAUUUGGGUGAUUUUUAAUAUUACUGCCUUCAAAUGUCAGGACAACUGGGAAUGGCUAGGCGACGGUAGCGCCAUCGACUACGUUAAUUUAAAAAGCUUGUUUUGGUCUGCUGCUAGUCAACUCGAGAUUACUGACGCAGUAACUGCAUAAUUAAAUGGAUGAACUCAUUCGACAAAAGAAAAUGGUAUUAUAUUUUGAAACCGAGUUAUAAGAAACUAUUGAUGAAUGUCCAGUGACCAAGGGGGUGCUCAAACACACGGAAAUGUAUAUUAAUUUUCUUUCAUAUUUUAAUUAUUUACUCAUUCACUCUUCAAUCGUAAAACCUUAUCAAUAGAAUAUAUCCUAUCCAGAAAAUAAAAUUAUCACAAUGUAUUUAUCAAUUUUAUUGUUUUCGAGGUAUCACAUAAAUAGUAAUCAUAUUUUACAUAAAAUUCUUUGCAGAGUAAAUGAUUGAACAAUAUUCUGUGAUAUAAUAGUUGUUGUAAGUUUCUAUGUAUAAUAAAGUUAUAUUUUUAAUAAAA